AUGAUACAAGUUACAGACUUUCAAAAAAUUGGCAUUGGUCUGGCAGGAUUUGGGAUAGUGUUCCUGUUCCUUGGCAUGGUGCUGUUGUUUGAUAAAGGGCUUCUAGCAAUUGGCAAUAUACUCUUUGUCAGUGGGCUGGCAUUCGUCAUUGGUCUGGAGAGAACCUAUCGAUUCUUCUUCCAGCGGCAUAAGUUGAAGGCCACAGGGUUCUUUGUUGGAGGCAUGCUCAUUGUCUUGAUUGGCUGGCCAGUGGUGGGCAUGUUGGUGGAGCUGUAUGGGUUCAUCUUGUUGUUUAGCGGUUUCUUCCCCGUUGCUGUCAACUUCAUGAGACGAGUGCCUGUCUUAGGGACAAUUCUCAACCUGCCUGGCAUCAAAUCUGUGGCAGACAGGUUCAGUGACUCCAGCUCUCUGGUGUGA